AUGUCUAAAUUACGGAAAGACUAUUCCAAAUUAUCGGACGCCGAGCUGGAUGCGGCAAUAGAGGCUGCGCGACGAGCGCGAGAUGCCUCGUCGCGUGCGGUGACGUUGGAAAUCUUGGGAGACGUUCCGUCUGCAAAUUUGGCGCCGCCAGAAAAUGUUCUGUUUGUAUGUAAACUUAACCCUGUCACGGAAGAUGAAGACCUCGAACUGAUAUUCUCGAGGUUUGGCCCAAUUAAAAGUCUGGAGAUAAUAAGGAACCCAAGGACUGGCCAAAGCCUGCAAUAUGCCUUUAUUGAGUAUGAAUCCAAAGAGUCAUGUGAAGAGGCGUACAAAAAGAUGGAAAAUGUGUUAAUUGACGAUCGAAGGAUCCAUGUAGACUUUUCCCAAUCGCUGUCAAAGCUGAAGGAUUACCAUGUAAUAUCAUCGUCCACCAUGAAUCCUCGUUUUAAGCGGCUAGCAAGCGGCGGCGGCGGCGGCAAAAGCCAGAGCAUCUAA